CUCCACCUUUUAGACCCGGAAUUCGUUUGCCAUUAUUAUCCUAUCUACACUCCUCAAUCAAGGAAUCUAAAGCAGAUAAGUGGAAAUGGGGGUCAAUAUUUCCUGCCCAUUUGCUGAGUACAGUGAUGUUGAAACUGGCUUAGAAUCAGUCAUAGUAAAAUCCAUUAGUUUUGGAGAUAAGGAAGUAAAAACUCCGGUUCGAUCCAUUAGUUUCAAAAGUGAAGAUAUGGAACCAACAAUAUUGAAAUCCUUAGGUGCUGGAAAGAUGAUAAAAGAAGGAUCUGUUAGCUUUAAAGAAAGCGAAUUGGAGGCAAUGAUCUCCCUUACAUCUUCCUUGACUGACAAAGAAAAGGAUGAAUCCAUUAAGUUAAUCAGAAAAAAGAGUUUCGAAAUGGAUAAUUGUUCUCCGAGAUCAGAUAAUUCUGUAGAGACAGUCCAGCAAUUACCAGUUUUGGAUCCCUGCAAUCCCAAACAUCAAGCCGCAAUAAAAUUACAGAAAGUCUACAAAAGUUUCCGAACCAGAAGGAAGCUAGCAGAUUGUGCUGUUCUUGUUGAGCAAAGCUGGUGGAAGCUCUUAGAUUUUGCUGAACUCAAGCGUAGUUCUAUAUCCUUCUUUGAUAUUGAGAAACAUGAAACUGCCAUUUCUCGGUGGUCGAGAGCAAAAAACAGAGCUGCUAAGGUUGGAAAAGGUUUAUCAAAGAAUGACAAAGCUCGAAAACUUGCUUUACAACACUGGCUCGAAGCAAUUGAUCCAAGGCAUCGUUAUGGACAUAAUCUACACUUUUAUUAUGACAAAUGGCUUCAUAGCAAGAGUAGAGAACCUUUCUUUUACUGGCUGGAUAUAGGGGAAGGAAGGGAAGUAAAUCUUAUUGAAAAAUGCCCUAGAUCAAAGCUUCAGACGCAGUGUAUCAAGUAUCUUGGCCCGAUGGAAAGGAAGGCCUAUGAAGUUUAUGUAAAGAAUGGCAAAUUCUAUUACAAACAGACAGGAGAGAUCUUGCACACAUUUGAUGACAGUGACGCUAAGUGGAUUUUCGUCCUUAGCACAUCAAAAACCUUUUAUGUUGGCAAAAAGAAGAAAGGGACAUUUCAGCAUUCUAGUUUCUUGGCUGGAGGAGCAACAAUGGCUGCUGGGAGAGUAAUUGUCGAAAAUGGCGAGCUUAAGGCAGUUUGGCCUCACAGUGGUCACUAUCGGCCUACGGAAGAAAAUUUUGAGGACUUCCUUUCAUUCCUUAAAGAGAACAAUGUUGAUAUCACAAAUGUCCAGAUGAGUCCAGUAGAUGGAGAAGAAAGCUCAGAUGAUAAACAAAGAACCAGUAUGCAUAGUAGGAACCACUCCUCCGAAGAGGAUUUGACUCGGGUGCUCGAUGGAUUAGAGACUGAUGAGACCAAUGUCGAAGAGUUGAAUGAAGAAAAAACCGACUCAGUGGAACAUAUAACAACUGCUUUAUCGGAACUGCCCAAGUUAGGGAGCUUCAACAAUUUUAGUAGGAAGUUGGCAAGUCUUGAAAUACCGAAAAGGAGUGAGUUGUUCGAGAGAGUAGAGAGUGACAACUCCAAUGAUGAGUCAAGUAGCAAGAAGUUAUCAGCCAAGUCUCCAGUGAAUCAUUCACAUUCUAUAGUUACUCCUGAACAGAACAAAAUGGAUCCAAAGCAAAAGCAGUCAGACGAAGAGCAAAUAGAAGCGGUUCCUCAAGAAGCGAUUCUCCAAAGAAUUAAUUCACAUAAAGGAAUGAAGUCCUAUCAAUUGGGGAAGCAAUUAUCUUUUAAAUGGACAACAGGAGCAGGACCGCGCAUUGGCUGCGUGAGGGACUAUCCCUCUGAGCUUCAAUUCAGGGCUCUGGAGAAGGUAAACUUGUCUCCAAGAAGUGCCGCAUAUUUUAGAUCUUCCUUAUGCUUUUCCUCUAAAAACUUGGAUGGCGUAAGCUCAAAUGGGCGCUCACCGAUGGGUCCUGGUGGGAAACUUGAAGCAACUGUGAGUCUACCAGUGCCUGAAAAAGAAAACUUGGUUAACAAUAACAACCAUUCACCAUUCUAGGAGUCUUCUCCAUUGAGCAGAAAAUCAUGACCAAAUAUAUAUUAGUUUCAAGUAGUAAAUGAUCAAAUUCUUUUCUGUGAAUAGAGAAGAUGAUAGGAAUUCUUUUAAUUCUUUUCAAUUACAAUCAUGUACACACUUUUCUUUUUGUUCAUUCUCCUUAUACACUUGGAAAAUUUUGAGGCUUUGAUGCCCUUUCAAUACAAAAGAAAUGCCCAUUCU